GUCAUAAAGUACAGAAGAUUAUCUACAAACCCCAGACAAACAGAGACACAACGUUCAGUAAGCGUUGGUGAUUUUGGAAGGCGCAGACGAGAUCUAUUUCAUUGGAUAAACUGUAAUCAUGCCGUACAGCGAGGGUGCCAUUAGGAAAAUGCUUCCAAAGACGUAUCUUCGGAAACAUGUGGCCCAUGAAAUAUUUGUCACAAUUACUCACUUCAAAAACCUUGUCCCCAUGAUGGACAAAUACGUUUACAACGACGGAAGCACAAAACUCCUGAUGAGUCUAAGCGGAACCAUCCCCGUGACGUUUACAGACAAAAGCUACAACAUACCCAUAUGCGUGUGGGUCGAGGACUCGUACCCCCAGACGGCCCCCAUCUGCUACGUCACGCCCACGCGGGAGAUGAUGCUCGUCCCGGGAAAGUACGUCUCCAGCAGCGGCGAGGUUGUGCUGCCGUACCUGGAGGAGUGGAACGGCGACUGUGACUUGGUGAGAUUGCUGCAGGUGAUGCUUGGUGUUUUUGGAGAAUUCCCUCCUGUGUGUAAACGGCCUUUCCCCGACCCAGAGCAAGCUCCAUGCUGGCUGCAGUUCUACAGGCAAGAAGAGGCGCUUUUAAACACAGAUGGAAACCUGUAUUUCUCUUUAUUUGGAGAAGAUGGUCAAUAUUCCUGGCAAGAAAAUGAAAGCAACUGUUAGUUUGUACUGGAAUUUGACAAGCUCUAUGUGUUAUUCAUUCAAUUAUAUAUACUUAAGCAUGUUGCAAAGGUACAUUAUCUCCAUGUGGUGGAAUUCAAUGUUCUUAAAUGAACAUUGAACUGGAUGUGAACAGCUGAAUGACUUUAUAAGUUCAUAAAGUUGUACUUUAGCCGCACCUGCACACAUUUGUUUUUCUCUCAGUCAGUGUUUUGGACUUUUGACCGGAGAAAGACUGGUUUUAUUUCUUUUACUACUUAAUAUGGGACAUCCAGUGAAACAGUUUGCUUUAUGUAGGUCAUCAACACAGGAGGAAAUACCAGCUCUGUAGUUUAUCAUUUAAAUGUAAUUUGUCAUGACAAUGCUUCUCAUCAUCAUGAUCCAGCUAAUAGCUACAUAAACUGAUGUAACGCACAGAAAUAAAUCUGAGUUACACAGCAUGAGUCACUGUCCGUGCUUCAGCUGUUCAUUCAAUAUUAUGAAUAUUAUGUUAUAUAUUAUUGUAAUAUAUUAUAUUAUGUUAGAAAUGUGUAAUUUAAAAAAUAUUUAAAAGAAGAAUAUGUUAAUAGAAAAUGUAAAUAUUUACAAAUUACGUUCUAUAAUAAAUCAAUAGUGUGGAAACAGCCUUUAAUUUCAUGGAUGAUAAUAGCUUAUAUACAUGUGUUGUGACCAUGAGUUUAUGCACCUGAAGCCAACAGUAUUUAAGGCACUGUCACAUAAAAUAAUCCAGGCCUUAAGUGACGUUAUCUAGCAAUCCCAGGCACUCUAUUAGUAAUAUAAUAGAGUGUAGCUGUAGUUUUAUGCUGCUGCCACUAGAUGUGAGUAAAGUCUGUGUCUGUGUUUUAUUAGUGGAGGUUUCCAGGGUUGGCAGAGAGUUGGUGUGACCCUGAAAAAAAGAGGCAACAAAAUACACAGUUUUAAUUGCAAGAUAUUUGAGUUCACUCUGAGCAAAACUAGCCAACCUCAACAAUUAAAUAUGCAUUAAAAAUAAAAUACUUCAAACCUAUUUAAAUUUUGCUCACUAUUUAAUUUUCUUACUAUAAUUAAUAGACUGGAGUCCAACAUAUAUAACCUAUAAAAAUAUAUUAUUCUCACGUGUAACAACUCUCUCUUUGCUGACAGUUUUGACUUGAUGCUAUUUUUACAAUAAGCAGUUUAUACUUUAUUUAGGUUUCUUUGUAUAUGAAUGGCUUCAAAAAUAUCGUGGAUAUUAAAUUACACACACAUUUGUGA